UGUGACAGUCCCUCGUGCCAAGCGCCGCCGUGGAGGGAGCGCUCCUUCGGUCGUCUCUGCUAUCUUUGGCGCAGCGCAGUACGGUGGGUGUGCGAAAAGGGCGCACAAGUGAAGUCAGCCAGGGACCCUGAAGAAAUGUCGGAAAGUGGGAGUCAGGAAGCCGCCGGGGCCCCGAACGGUGGCGGAAGCAGCGGCAGACCCAGACCGCCCGUCGGCAACAGAGUGACCGUGGUGCUGGGGGCUCAGUGGGGCGACGAGGGGAAGGGAAAAGUUGUGGAUCUGCUGGCACAAGAGGCGGACAUGGUGUGCAGAUGUCAGGGCGGAAACAACGCAGGCCACACAGUAGUGGUCGACUCGGUGGAGUACGACUUUCACCUCCUCCCCAGCGGCAUCAUCAACCCCAAGGUCACCGCCUUCAUCGGUAAUGGUGUCGUCAUCCAUCUACCAGGUUUGUUUGAGGAGGCAGAAAAGAAUGAGCGCAAGGGAAAAGGUCUCAAAGGCUGGGAGCAAAGGUUGAUCAUCUCAGACAGAGCACAUAUUGUGUUUGACUUCCACCAAGCGGUUGAUGGCGUUCAGGAACAGCAGAGACAAGAGCAAGCAGGCAAGAACCUCGGGACAACAAAGAAGGGCAUUGGUCCAGUGUAUUCAGCCAAGGCAGCACGUACCGGCCUCAGGAUAUGUGACCUCUUAGCCGACUUCACUCAGUUCUCUGAAAGGUAUAAAGUACUGGCCCAGCAGUAUAAAGCUAUGUACCCGACUCUGGAGAUCGACAUAGAGGGAGAGCUGGUUAAACUUAAGGACUAUGUGGAGCGGAUCAAGCCCAUGGUGAGAGACGGCGUGCAUUUCAUGUACGAAGCCCUUCACGGUCCUCCGAAAACGAUCCUGGUGGAAGGCGCCAACGCAGCGCUACUCGACAUCGACUUCGGGACGUAUCCUUUUGUGACGUCGUCCAACUGCACAGUGGGUGGGGUGUGUACGGGCCUUGGCAUGCCGCCACAGAAUGUGGGAGAGGUGUACGGUGUCGUCAAGGCCUACACCACCAGAGUGGGCAUCGGAGCAUUCCCCUCAGAGCAGAGCAACGAUAUCGGCGAGCUGCUCCAGACGCGAGGGAAGGAGGUGGGCGUGACCACCGGCAGGAAGAGACGAUGCGGUUGGCUGGAUCUGGUGCUCAUCAAAUAUGCACACAUGAUUAACGGUUUCACCGCCAUAGCACUCACCAAACUGGACAUCCUGGACGUUUUCCCAGAAAUCAAAGUGGGCGUGGCGUACAAAGUAGACAACCAAAUUAUACCUCACUUUCCAGCCAAUCAGGAGGUGCUGCAGCGGGUGGAGGUCCAGUAUGAGACACUACCUGGGUGGAACAGCGACACCUCAGCUGCUAGAAGCUUCGAGGAGCUACCGGAGAACGCCCAGAAAUAUGUCCGCUACAUUGAGGAGCAUGUGGGAGUGCCUGUGAAGUGGAUCGGAGUGGGGAAGUCCAGAGAGUCAAUGAUCCAGCUGUUUUAGACGGAGGAUAGACAGACAGAAGUCCAGAGGAUGCACAGCAGCGUCCCCCGCCCUCACACACAGCCUACCUACCUGUCUCAGCUCUCCCACAGAGGCAUGACUGUCAUGUCUUAGUGCUUUACCACUGUAUCAUCAGACCGGACCUUCCCGGAGCAGACGGACCUCCGUGUGUGAACACCUCCCUCCAUCCCCAUCAGGAUUUAAAAGUGUUUUCAGAUAACGGUGCCACACUCACAGUCAACACACACUUUGAUUUGCCCGUGUUUAUAUCGUCGCCGUUCAUCGCUGACGUACGAACACUCAUCACACUCCGCAGCACCAGCUACCGUCAGGGCGAGAGAGGGAACGAACUCAACACACAAAGGACAUACACAUGCAGAUACGGGAUCACUGCCCGAUGGAACUGUCCGCACAUGUUUGUUUGGUUGGGUUGUGUGUAUUUUUGUUGAUCUAUGCUGUGUUAUACAUGCGCUGUGCCACUCUGUUGUUUUAAAGAAGUAGUUUGACACUUUGGGAAAUUUGUUCAUUUUCUUUUUAACGAGAGUUCGAUGACAGAACCAGUAACACCUCUAUCUGUUCAAUGGAAAUAACACCAGUUAGCUUAGCAUUACAGCUAAUCUCAAACAAAAUAAUCCCCUUGAGUUAACUGAAUACAUCAUGUCAUUUAUAUUUCAUACAAAAUUUAUGUCGAUUCCAAGAGCAGUGUUUAUCCCAAGAAAAAGCCUGUUAUUUAUCCAUUAUUUGUGGAUGAUGCGAACCUCAUAAAUGUGUUAAUUGGUGCAUUUUAACCUGGUACAGUCAUUCAUCUCCCUUUAGACAGACCCAGACUCGCUGCUCACUUUGUUUUUAGUCUCUCUGCCAGGGGUCACCAACCCUGAUCCUCGAGACCUACUGUCCGGCAUGUUUUAGAUGUUUCCCUCUUCCAGCACACCUGACGGUCGUUAUCAGGCUUCUGCAGAGCUUGAUGAUAGGCUUAUCAUUUGAAUCAGAUGUGUUGGAAGAGGGAUACAUCUAAAACCUGCAGGAUAGUAGAUCUGAAGGACCAGGGUUGGUGACCCCUGCUCUACACUAACCAGCAGCUGGCUUUAGCUUCAUACUGGGCGAUAAGAUCUUAAAAUGGGGUUGAGUUGAUAAUGAUGCUUUGGACAUUUCUGCUUCAUGAGAGAAUCUAACAAAUUAACCUUAAACCCAUGAACCACCGAAUGUGUGUAGAUCUUUACUAGCAGGUGAGUGUUUGUACUAAAAUAGUAAAAAAAAAAAAAAAAAAACCCUUCUCUUAGAGCAGGGGUGGGCAACUCCGGUCCUCGAGGGCCGGUAUCCUCCAUGUUUUAGAUGUUUCUCUCUUCCAGCACACCUGGUUCAGUUAAUGAUCAGCUCAUCAUCAAGCUCUGCAGAAGCCUUAGAACAAUGUAAUGGCUUCCAGGUGUUUUGAAAGAGGGAAAUAUCUAAAAUAUGCAGGAUACCGGCCCUCGAGGACCAGACUUACCCACCGCUAUACUGCGAUUUAGUUUCUUUUACAGACAUAUUUCUGUUCCUGUUGUUGUCAAAGAUUUCCAGUGCAACUCAAAAACUCAACAUGUCUGAUGUAAUGUUGUGUUCAAGUACACCUCAUAAAUGCAGUAAUCUAUACAUUUUUAAAACAGGAACAGCGAUCACCUCAUGAACCUCAAAGCAUGAAAGCAAAUCAACAGAUUUCUGAAAAUGUCAAACUAUACCUUUAACCUCAGCACUUUAGAGGCUUUGGAAUUUAUCUGCUUUGUGUUUUAUUCUGCCAGGUGCACAAUACAUCCUGACACGAUAAAGGGAUCCUUUAAUAGUUAAAAUCCAUCUUUUUGUGUCUGUUUUCUGUCACGGUUUGGAGGGAGUGGGACCUCUGCAGUAGAUUGCCUUGUAAUUCAACCAAAAAAAAAAAAGUAAAUCAUUCAUGUAGCUAGAGAUUUCUGUUUGAACUCAUGGGAAAUGUUGGUAAAAAUGUUAAUCAUCGACUCAUCUCUUCAAACUGUGAUAAUAAUAUUUCAGGUUUUAUUUGUUGUCAGAGUUUUCCAUUAACUUUUAACCAACGCUGGUUUUACUGAGAAUGAACAGAAAUGUGUCUACGGUACAUUUAUAUUCUUCAGGGUUUGAGUGGAAAUCGGUUCAUGCUGCAUUAAUCUUCUCACAUUUUAGAUUUUUUUUUUUUUUUUUUUUUUAAAUCUAGUCAUUGGCGUCGUUUUCAUGGGUUUUAAGUGCAAUGUUCUGUUAUGGUGUAAAGAAAAAUAUAGUGUAAUAACUUAUCUUGCAACAGAAAUUUAAAACUUGAUUUGAUAAAUAUA